GCAGCCUGCGCCCAGCUGGAUCUCAUCGACGGCCGAGCGGAGAGACGCGAUGGAGGCGGGGGCUCCUCGCCAAGCCCAGUCCUCCACCCGGCUGCCCUGGCCUCUCAUCGCCGCUGCUUCUGCCCCCCAGCUGUUAAUUCUCCCAAACGAGUCCUCCCUCUUGAUGCUGUUGUUGCUUGUGACUCAAUAGCCCUCAGCCAUGGGCUGGGACGUGCCUGGAUUUGAUUUUUUGGGGCUGGCUAUGCUGGUACAUCUUGGCAUGCUGAGUUCUUCUACCAGGUCAUGCUGCAGGUGCCCAGCUGGCUUCUUUCCUGCAUAAGCCACCACCCAGUCGGGAGAAAGACAAGCUGAACCUGAAGAGGAUGGGAGACGAAUCCAAGGAUCCCUCUGUCGAACCAAGAAGAAGAACAUAAUGCUGACAGCUAUUAAAGAAUUCAGCCCAAUACAUGAACAAAGGACAUAGCAAGUUUUCCCUGUGACUUUCUGAGGACAUUUGCCUUCUCAGAUUCCACUAAGUUGCCCUGCUGUCCCUCUUGAUUGCACCAAAUGACUGAAAAUCCGAUGGGAUCCUAACACAGGCAUCCUCACGGGCCCUCGCUGUAACCAGUGCUGGGGAAGUGUGACCAAGCCAUGGGGAGUAUCUACCAGUUCUACUUCGACACGUCGAAGAUCUUUGAGCACUACAACUACACCAAGGAUAAGCUGGAGAAUGAUGAGUCCCCUUCCCUCCCCAGUACCGCUGUUGCCAUUAUUGUACUUUGCUGCUUCAUCAUCUUGGAGAACCUGCUGGUGCUUAUCUCUGUCUGGAGGAACAAGAAGUUCCACUCUGCAAUGUUCAUCUUCAUUGGCAACCUGGCCUUUUCGGACCUGUUGGCAGGCUCGGCCUUCAUUGCCAACGUUGUCCUUUCAGGCCCAGCCACCUUCCACCUCACCCCAGUCCAGUGGUUUGUGCGGGAGGGCACUGCCUUUGCUACACUGGCUGCCUCAGUCUUCAGCUUGUUGGCCAUUGCCAUAGAGCGACAUGUGGCCAUCACCAAGGUGAAGGUCUAUAGCAGUGACAAGAAUUGCCGGAUGGUGUUCCUAAUUGGGGCCUGUUGGGUCAUCUCCGCUGCCAUCGGUGGGCUACCCAUCCUUGGUUGGAACUGCAUGGCUGAUCUGGAAAAAUGCUCCACUGUCCUCCCUCUUUACUCCAAACAGUACAUCCUCUUUGUGGUCUUGAUCUUCACCAUCAUCCUUUUCUCCAUUGUGAUCCUCUACGUCCGGAUCUACCGCAUUGUCCGUUCCAGCCAUGCUGAGAUGGCCGGCUCCCAAACAGUGUCCUUGCUCAGGACUGUCACCUUUGUCCUGGGAGCUUUCAUCAUCUGCUGGUUGCCAGCCUUCAUCAUUCUCUUGGUGGACGUCUCUUGCGCCACGAAGUCAUGCCCCAUCCUUUACAAGGCGAAAUACUUCUUUGCCUUUGCUACCCUCAAUUCAGCCAUCAACCCACUCAUCUACACCCUCCGCAGCAAGGACAUGAGGAAGGAGUUCCUGCGAGUGCUCUGCUGCUGGGGGAUGAUGGGGCAAGGGAAGCCCUCCGAGCGUUGCAUGAUCCCUCUCCGCAGCUCCAGCUCCUUGGACCGCUGCACACAAAAACAGGACCUCCCCACUUCACCUUUCAUGAAGGAGCAUUCCACGUUUGUGUGAAAAGACACAAGGGAGGGGACUACAUAGUAGGAAGAAGGAAAGCAGUGGGGUGAAAUAGACCCCAGAGAAGGCGGUACAAAGGCAAUGUGGUACAAGGUGUGUGAAAAGAACAUCUUGGUGAUCAGAUACACCAAGCGUGGACUGAAAUGGAGAUGUCCAUGUGUUCACUAGACCUGCACAGUAUUAUAACUUUCUGUUUGACGUGUGUGUGUGAGAGAGAGAAGUGACUGAAUGACUGACUAAUGGGCUGACUGACUUAAAGUGUGGGGUUGCUGUAAAGCUAUCAAUAUGGUACGAUUUCUCUGUUCUAGCAGGGGCUUUGUCACUCUGAACAUCCGUAUUUUUGUCUGUCCUAUAGCUGAGGGUCAAACUAGACCUUAAGUAGGAUGGGCACUCCCUCUUAAGGAAAACUUUUCUUCCCUGUGGUGGGAUUUCCUCAGAGAUAAUCCGUUUGGGCCAUCAGACUUAUCAAUUCAACUUAGUUUUAUGUGUCAGCAAUCAUUAACAAAGCAAAGCUCAAGAAAUGCAAGGUAUGCAGAUGAGGAAAAGUACUUGCGACAACAAACAUGUUAUCUAGUUUGACCCUCAGAAACAUGCUUUCAUCUUUCCUUUCUUCCAAAAACGUUCUUUUCUUCUUUCCUAUGAAGCAGUAACCAGUCACUGUCAUCUUUUCCUGAUUUGUCCUUAGCAG